AUGGAGAGCACGAGUCAAGACGAGCAGCGAGUGCGAAGGGGCUGCAAAUACCUUGCCUACCCCCGCCUUACCCUCGACUUCCACACAAACAAGCGGAUCAUCGAUGAAGUUGCCGUCGUGCCCUCAAAGCGGCUACGCAACAAGAUUGCCGGCUUCACAACACACUUGAUGAAGCGUAUUCAACGAGGACCUGUGCGCGGUAUCUCGUUCAAGCUGCAGGAGGAGGAGCGUGAGAGGAAGGAUAACUACGUACCGGAGGUGUCAGCGCUUGACACAAGUGUCAACGGCCUGGAGGUUGACCCCGAAACUAAGGAACUACUCCACGCACUGAACUUCGACUCUGUAUCCGUCAAUGUCGUUGUGCCCGUCAUUGCGCAGCCUGAGCGUGGCCCCCGUCGUGAGCGACGGAACGUACCGGGCGCGGGUCGUUCGUGA